UAUCAUUCAGGGAGCGGUCACUAAGAUGAAUUCUCUCUGUCUAUUAUGCCCCAGCAUUCUUGAGUCUGGCAUUGCUAUUACUGUGCUCUCUCUUACAGCCUGUCGAUAUAGACUAACUCUAAUAUUCUAUGCUGUCUAAAAUUCGGUGAUACUUUGUGUUCACAUAGCCACUUUCUCUAAGGCUGACUGUAAGAUUGUUGUGACUUCUCUCUCUUUCCCCAAAUGUAUCUGUUCCUGCUUGCAUAACACAGCUGUUGUCUCUUUAUCCUUGCCGUAUUCCCUUACCCUCUGUUCCUUCCAGCGUAUCACUCACUCAUUUUUAUAACAGUAUCUCUCGCUACGAUCACUUUCUCUCAACAUGUGCACGAGGCAAUGUGCAAAGAUUAUUGGGGUGUCCCUGUACCCCUUCUGUGCCUUGUGCAUAAUCUGUAACAUUCUGCUGUUUUUCCCGGGAUGGAACUUGGAUGCCAUACAAAACCCAAACCAGAAACUCACUCCAGAGGUGCUGUAUCUUGGGGGCAUUAUAGGAAAUGGCGUGAUGGUUCUGGUUCCUGCCAUCUAUAUCCAGUGCGCAGGACGGCGUGGAAAAUGUGACAAUCGCUGUGGGAUGUUCAUCUCUAUCAUAAUGGCAGCGGUGGGUGUAGCUGGGUCUCUGUAUGGGUUUGUCGUCUCUGUGCUGGGCCUAGUAAAUGGUCCUCGAUGUCUCUACGAGUUCAUUAAUGGGAGAGUGGAGUGGGUACUUCCUUUCAAAAUGGAAUGGGAAUUUGUGGACGUAGAAUCCAGUUACCUGUUCCAUAGACCUGCCUGGUCUCGUUGUUCUGAACCAAUCGGAGUAGUUGAGUUUAAUGUCAUUUUAUUUUCUACCAUUUUGGCUGCCAGUGCCAUCCAAAUGGUCCUCUGCCUCAUUCAGAUGAUCAAUGGCCUAUUUGGUUGUCUUUGCGGGACUUGCAGAGGCAAGAUGUAGCC